UCAGAUGUCUGUGGCAAAUGUCAAAUAUCUGGACAUUACAGACACACACAUGUAUUUUUUUUUAGCGGAUAAUAAUUAAAAUUAUUAUUCUGAAAAAUGGGCGAUUUUUUGGCAACUAAUAAUAUUUGCGGACAAAAUUUAUUGAAACUGGUAUCUCGUGGAAAUGCUAUUAUAGCUGAACUAAUGCGUUUAAAGGAUUAUGUGCCGCCAGUUUUUAGCUUGGAUUCAAAACAGCUGAUACAGAAGUAUGGAUCGAUUAUAAUUGAUUUUGCAUAUUUCAAAGCAGCUAGUGCUUAUGAGCAAAAAAUAGAAGAUGAUCCGACUCUCCAAGAGACAGAUGAAGAGCUUCGAAAUAAUUUUUCAGACAUACUUGCCAGAUUUUACUUAGCUUUUGAAAGUAUACACAAGUAUGUUACUGAUCUGAAUUUUUAUAUUGAUGAGUUAGGAGAUGGAGUUUAUAUACAUCAGUCAUUAGAUUCUAUUAUGUUCAACGAAGAGGGAAAACAGUUAAUGUGUGAAGCUGUAUACUUAUAUGGUGUCAUGCUAUUAUUGGUUGAUUAUCACUUUGAAGGACGAAUACGUGAAAGAUUACUUGUAUCUUACUAUCGGUAUAAUGCACAACGAUCUUCCUCAACAAGAGUGGACGAUGUAUGUAUGUUGCUUCGUUCAACAGGAUAUAUGAGAACAUUGUCCAAGAGACCGGCUAAUUAUCCCGAGGAAUAUUUCAAAAGAGUACCUCUGCGAGAUUUUUUGAUAGAUCUUGUUAUCGGUCGAUUGCGUUCGGAUGAGAUUUACAAUCAGACACUUGCAUUUCCUCAUCCAGAACAUCGCACUACUGCUGUAGCUACACAAGCGUCAAUGCUAGUUAUAAUUUUAUCGUUCAAGUCGGCUGUAUUACACACACAAACUGCUAUCAUGAGAGAAAUAGUGGACAGAUUCUUUCCCGAUAAUUGGGUAAUUAGUAUUUAUAUGGGAACGGUGAUCAAUCUGUGCGACUGGUGGUUACCGUAUAAAGCUGCGCGAACAGCAUUGAAUAACACACUUGAAAAUUCAAAUGUAAAAGGGAUUGCGCAAAAGUAUGGAGCAAAACUGGAUAAACUCAUACGCAAAAACGAAGAAGUACAAUUGGCAGGCACACUGGACGAAAAUGACACGGGUUCUUUGGUCAAAUUAGUGAGGGAAUGUAAUGUUACGUUACAUUGGAUUCUUCUGCACACAGCUACGCCUACGAUAACAUUGGAAGAUUCGAAGCGUUCGCGUAGUCUGCGUCAGUUGGUCGUGACCGAGAGCAAAUAUACCACAGCAAACUGCCUUCGAUUGUUAUUAAGCACUGCUCAAAUCGAACAAGAUGUUAAGCAGAUGUAUAAAGAUUUAUUACUUGGAAAAGAAGCCAAGUGGUUGAAGGAUAAAGAAAUAUGCGUUGAACGUAUAACUGAUCUUGCACAAAUCUUCGAUGGCGCUAAACCUCUCGACGGGAUCGAUAAAAACCAAAAUCUUUACACGUGGUUCAUGGAAAUAAGCAAGCACAUUGAUUCGUUGAAGCAGGAAGAUGGGAGAAAAAUAGUGCAGUUACUGCAAGCAUUGGAACAAGUUCAUGAAUUUCAUCAGUUAGAGAAUAAUCUACAUAUUUCGCAAUAUCUGGCCGAUACACGCGAGACCUUACGGAAUAUGUUGCGUACAGGUAGCAUAUCUGAAGAUAUAAUGAUAAGCUUGAACAUCGUGACAGAUUGUUGUUACGCGUGGAACAUUAUGGAAUCUUUUGUCGAUGUGAUGCAAGAGAGCAUAAAGGGAAAUCCGCCAACUGUCAUCAAACUAAAAGCUCUCUUUCUCAAAAUGGCAUCAGCAUUGGAAACUCCGUUGCUGCGAGUAAACCAAGCACGAAGCGCGGAUUUAUCCUCGGUGUCUCAGUACUACAGUAGAGAAUUGGAAGGAUACGCUAGACGUGUUUUGCAAAUUAUACCCGAAACUGUGUUCGGAUUGUUGGCGCAGAUAGUCCAUCUCGAGACAAAUGCAUUUAAGGAAAUUCCGACCAAACUGCCCAAAGAUAAACUCAAGGAUUACGCGCAACCGGAUGAUAGACUGCAGAUGGCCAAAUUAACGUAUUCCGUGUCAGUUUUUACAAAGGGCGUUUUGUCACUCAGAAGUGUUUCUUUGGGAGUUUUAAGAGUUGAUUCGCAUCGUCUCUUGGAGGAUGGUAUACGUCAGGAACUUGUUAAGAAAGUUACUCUGGCAUUACAAAACGGCUUAAAUUUCGAUCAGAAGUCGAAAACAUCUCUUCUACAAAAAUUGUCUAAUUUGUCCUCGAUCAUGGAUGGGUACAGAAAGUCUUUUCAAUAUAUUCAGGAUUAUAUUAAUAUAAACAGUUUGAAGAUAUGGCACGAAGAAAUCACGUAUAUUAUGAACAAUGCGGUGGAAGAAGAGCGUAGAGGCUCUUCCUGGAUACCAGGAAGAAAGUCAUGGAGACAAUUUCAGGAAGAUAGGCACGCAAUUUCGACAGACAAUACUUCCCUAACGUUUAUGGGCAGACUUGCCAAAGAGCUUAUUCGUAUAACUGAUCCACGAACUACCGUGUACAUAGAACAUUCCCUAGCGUGGUACGACAUUAAAACACAGAAUGAAGUGUUAAGUUACAAAGUCUUCUCCGUGAUAUUAGAGACGAUAGGCACACCGGGACUGGCGGGAUUAGAUAAAUUAAUAUCAUUUUUUAUCGUCAUAGAACUGGAAGCUUUGAGUCAUUAUAUAGAAAAAAAUAUGCGAAACAAAACGUGGACGUCCGUUUUGGAGGAUUUCGAGGCUACACUAAGUUCUUUAGACAGCGCUAAAAGUAAUAUCGCGAAACUUCAUAAUACGAUAACUGCCGGCGGCAGCAAAUUAUGGUCGUCAGCGCUUGAGUGGAUGUUGAAAAUAGGUCAUUAUCAAUUGCUCAGAAAAAAAAUAGCAUACGAGUUAAACACCGCUUGCAAAUUCGAGGCGAAACACAUGGAAUCGGCACUGCGAACAUUAAACACAGCGAUUUUAUGCGAGAUCGCAAAGAAGGAUAACAGUAACGAAACUGAACCGCAGAAAAGCGAAUUGCUUCACGAACUCAGCGUGCGAUUAGACUGGGCUGGCAUCAGUGAUCCGCAUAACAAAGUUUAUAUAAAACCUCCAAGGAUAGACAAUAUAGCGCUUGUUAUAUUCUUGUUUACAGCUUCGCAGUUAAAUAAAUUAUAUUAUUGCAAAUCUAUAGCGAGUCUUUUAAGCAAGAAGUAUCAAGAUCCCGUUGAUGCUGUAGUGUUUGUGAUAGGUAUACAAACAAUUCUUCGACAAUUUCAUGUUUCUGUGAUGAAUCGUUACGUGAAAUAUCUUAGCAUGUACAUUCUGUCAUUUGUCACUAUGGAAAGUAUAAAACCAGGAAGCGAUGCUGAAACUGAAGCAGCCACUAAUCUUCACUUUCUGGAAUUGUUUGUAAAAUAUUCUGGCAUUCCGCGCUCUCUUAUUCUCAAGGAAAUACCCGUCGUCAUUUUAGACCACUUUCUUGUUAAACUGACAAAAUAAUAUUAUGAUUGAAAAUGUU